AUGUCUGCUCCUCGUUCAUCUCUCCGCGCUCUCCGCGUGCUCUCGCAGCCCACUGCCCCCUCAGCUCGUCGCUGCCUACACAUAACCGGCGUGCAAUCCGCCCAACCCGCAAACACAACCGACAAGGCCGUCUCCAACCACGAUGUCCUCCAAUCUAGAGCCUUCGCCAUUGCCAUGCGCAGAAUCAACGGCAACGCUUUCUCAGACACUCCCCGCCAAUUCAACACCUCCCGCUCCUCAAAAGCCCGCAACGACACCUCAACCGUUGACCUAGUCUACAUGCCCUCAAUGGCCGACCUAGACGCCGCCCCCCUCCACCGCGGCAUCCAAGUCCCGGUCCUCCCCGACCUAACCUCCCUCCCGGAUUUCUCAUCUCCCUCCGCCCCACCCAUGAAGCCCCAGAUCUACACCGUCGCCGGUACCGGUGCCGACGUGGCCGCCAGCGCUAUGAGUGAGGUCGUCGAUAACCACGCGGUUGAUCUGGAUCCAUUCUCGCUUACUGAGGCGGUGGGUCGCUCGCGGGUCGGGGAGGAGAUGAACCGGAAGGAGAGUGGGAGUGGUGUCGCGCAGACUGGUGUUUUUAGGGAGUUGUGGACUGGGUUUUUGGAUGAUGUUAUGGGGCCUAAGGAGAUAAGGAAGUAG